CCCCGUGGGAGAGAGGCAAGCCCAGCACCCCGUGGGAGAGAGGCCACCCCAGCACCCCGUGGGAGAGUGGCCACCCCAGCACCCGUCGGAGAGAGGCCAGCCCAGCACCCCGUGAGAGAGUGGCCACCCCAGCACCCCGUGGGAGAGCGGCCACCCCAGCACCCCGUCGGAGAGAGGCAAGCCCAGCACCCUGUGGGAGAGCGGCCACCCCAGCACCCCGUCGGAGAGAGGCCACCCCAGCACUUUGGCUGCUGUCUGAUUUGUCUGGGUGGCUGCCUGACCUGCAGUGUCCCUCCAGCACUGUGUGUGUGUGUUGUUCUGGAUGACAGAAUCCCUUCUGUUUACUGUUGGUUAUUUAUGUGUAUUAACAGGCAGAACGAAGCAAGGUAUUUUAGAAAACAUCUAAGAAUUAAUAUUGAUCUUUUAAUAUGACAAUUAAAAAUAACUAUUUCUAAUUUGCUAUUGUAACUGUUUGCUCUCCAAAUACUGACGUGUAGACCAGGCCUGCGAGGAUUUCAAAUCUGUCACCCACCACCACGUGUUCUCGCAGCCAUCUCUCUGGUGCCAAGCCGGAGUGAGACGUUUCCUGUGAAAAUCCCUCUCUGUUCUCAGGGUGAAAAAAGCUGCUUCAUCGGGCUGUAACAAUGGGCAUUAGGUCUUUUUAUUGUGGGUGGGGUUUAAAAAAUUGGGAGACGGUACUGUAGGCCAUGUGUCAACAAAUAUUCUGAGCACACUUGCCAUAGGCUCACCAGCCCUGAGGGACGGGGGUCACUAUGCUUCACUCCCCAAGAGGGCUGGAGGAACGGGUUAGAGGUGAAGAGGGACCCGAGGAGCAGGUUUUCUCCUCCACACGGAGGGUAGUGGGUGUGUGGAAUGAUCUGCCAGAGGAAGUGGUGGGGGUGGUCAGAAGAAGUGGUGGGGGUGGACAGAGGAAGUGGUGGGGGUGGACAGAGGAAGUGGUGGGGGUGGACAGAGGAAGUGGUGGGGGUGGUCAGAGGAAGUGGUGGGGGUGGACAGAGGAAGUGGUGGGGGUGGACAGAGGAAGUGGUGGGGGUGGUCAGAGGAAGUGGUGGGGGUGGACAGAGGAAGUGGUGGGGGUGGACAGAGGAAGUGGUGGGGGUGGUCAGAGGAAGUGGUGGGGGUGGACAGAGGAAGUGGUGGGAGUGGACAGAGGAAGUGGUGGGGGUGGUCAGAGGAAGUGGUGGGGGUGGACAGAGGAAGUGGUGGGGGUGGACAGAGGAAGUGGUGGGGGUGGUCAGAGGAAGUGGUGGGGGUGGACAGAGGAAGUGGUGGGGGUGGACAGAGGAAGUGGUGGGGGUGGACAGAGGAAGUGGUGGGGGUGGUCAGAGGAAGUGGUGGGGGUGGACAGAGGAAGUGGUGGGAGUGGACAGAGGAAGUGGUGGGGGUGGUCAGAGGAAGUGGUGGGGGUGGACAGAGGAAGUGGUGGGGGUGGACAGAGGAAGUGGUGGGGGUGGUCAGAGGAAGUGGUGGGGGUGGACAGAGGAAGUGGUGGGGGUGGACAGAGGAAGUGGUGGGAGUGGACAGAGGAAGUGGUGGGGGUGGACAGAGGAAGUGGUGGGAGUGGACAGAGGAAGUGGUGGGGGUGGACAGAGGAAGUGGUGGGGGUGAGUUGCGGUCAGCGAUACGGCAGCACAGUGCCAGUGACCUGGGUUCAAUUCCAACACUCUCUGUAAGGAGAUUCCACGUUCUCCCUGUGACUGUGUGGGUUUCCUCUGGGUCUCCGGUUUCACCCAGGGAAUGCCCUUUUCUCACUGUUACCAUCAGGGGGAGGUACAGAAGCCUGAAGGCACACACUCAGCUUCUUUCCCCCCCCUCUGCCAUCAGAUUCCUAAAUGGUCACUACCUCACUUUUAUUUAUUAUUCCUGUUUCUGCACUAUUUAACAUGCUUACUGUAAUUCAUUUAUUUUUACUGUUUGCAGAGUACUGCCGCCAUCAGGUUAACACAUUUCAUGACGUACACGCUGGUGAUAUUAACCUGGUUCUGAGCCCACAUUCCAAAGACGUACAGAUGGGUUAGUAGGUUAAUUGGUCACAUGAGUGUAAUGGGCAGAGCUGAAUCAUUAGUAGGUUAAUUGGUCACAUGGGUGUAGUGGGCGGAGCUGAAUCAUUAGUAGGUUAAUUGGUCACAUGAGUGUAGUGGGCAGAGCCAGUUCAUUGGGCUGGGACCAAUUCAGUGUUCAUAGGUUUAUAGACAAUAGACAGUAGGUGCAGGAGUAGGCCAUUCGGUCCUUCUAGCCAGCACCGCCAUUCACUGUGAUCAUGGCUGAUCAUACACAAUCAGUACCCUGUUCCUGCCCUCUCCCCUUAUCACUUGACCCCGCUAUCUAUAAGCGCUCUAUCUAACUCUCUCUUGAAUGCAUCCAGAGACUUGGCCUCCACUGCCUUCUGGGGCAGAGCAUUCCACAUAUCCACCACUCUCCGGGUGAAAAAGUUUUUCCGCAUCUGUUCUCAAUGGCCUACCCCUUAUUCUUAAACUGUGGCCUCUAGUUUUGGACUCACCCAUCAGCGGGAACAUGCUUCCUGCCUCCAGCGUGUCCAAUCCCUUAAUAAUCUUAUAUGUUUCAAUCAGAUCCCCUCUCAUCCUUCUAAAUUCCAGUGUAUACAAGCCCAGUCGUUCCAAUCUUUCAACAUAUGACAGUCCCGCCAUUCCGGGAAUUAACCUUGUGAACCUACGCUGCACUCCCUCAAUAGCAAGAAUGUCCUUCCUCAAAUUUGGAGACCAAAACUGCACACAAUACUCCAGGUGGGGUCUCACCAGGGCCCUGUACAGCUGCAGAAGGACCUCUUUACUCCUAUACUCAAUUCCUCUUGUUAUAAAGGCCAGCAUGCCAUUAGCUUUCUUCACUGCCUGCUGUACCUGCAUGCUUGCUUUCAUUGACUGGUUUAGAGGGAUGUGGGCCAGAUGCAGGUAAAUGAGAUUGGCUGGACAAUGUCACAGACCUGUUCUGCUGUGUAACCGUUUCCUCAAUCCAUGUACUCUCCCUGCUCGAGUCCAGCACACAGAGGCUGUGGGUGGGGCUCUGGGGAGUUCACUGAACACACUCCCCACCCCAGACUCGAGCAGCACCCCACCACCGUGCUCACCCAUACACAGAGUGCAGGUUACAAGGAGCGACUCCCCCCACGUACAAUGGGAGCACGAUGGGAUGUUCUAUGCCCUGGGUGAGUGAGGAAGCUCGACCCCACCCGUUCGAUCCCGCUAAACACUCACUCCGCUCCCCUCCACCGCCGUCGAUAACACGGUCCCUCUGAAAGCCGCUCCCAAACCCAGAACCUCUUGCAGCAAGGCCAGUGGGUGCAGGGGAGCACCGAGCUGUUCACUAACCCGAUGUGGAAAUCCUGCAACUCCAUCGCACACUCCCUCCUGGUAUUCAUCCCUGCAGGUGAGAGAAACGGAUUCGCCUCCACUCAGACCCACAAACUAUCCCUCCAGGUGAAGCAACACUUCAUCACGGCUUGUCUCCUGUACUCGGUGCUGCAGGUACAGCCUCCUCCGCACCGGUGGGACCUGACACAAACCGUUCCAUCCGCCAAAAGCGAUAUUUCCCAUUUUAACUGCAAACGCCAUUCCUAUUCUGAACUAUCAGUCAAAGGGCCCCCUCCCCUGCCAUAUCCCGUCCAGGUAGCCUCCGACAUUCCCGUGGACCC